AUGGAUCCCUACUCAGCAGAGGGAGAGCUGGUAAACAUGCACACAGCCUUCAUCCAAGGCCAAUACCAACAAGUCAUCGACUUCGACACAUCAAUCUUCAGCGCACCCAACCAACCCUCGGCCCAGAUCCUCAAAUACCGCGCCCAACUCGCCCUCCAAGACUAUUCGUCUGUCGCAUCCGCCAUUUCCUCUUCAGACGCAUCCUCCGACCCUUCGCUCGCCGCCAUCAAGACCUACGCUUCAUACGCCGCCUCAGGCUUCUCCUCCGACUCGUCCGUCUCGCAAGCAGAAUCGCUAUCCCAAAGCAACAGCGACGACCUGACCGUCCAACUCCUCUGCGCAAUCGCCCUCCUCAGCAACCACCAAGGCAGCCUCGACGCCGUCGCCAUGGCCACCCAGAUCCACCUCUCCAACAACCGCACCGAUCUCGCUGCCAAGGAAGCAAAGUCCGCUCGCGCAUUCGCUCAAGAUGCCCUACUCGUCAAUCUAGCCGAAUCUUGGAUCUCGCUGCGCGAGGGUGGGGAUGCAAAGUAUCAACAAGCAUUCUACGUGUUUGAGGAGUUGGCUCAGGCGCCUGGGUCUUCGGCUGUGUCGUCGUUGAUUGCACAGGCAGUGUCGGAGCUGCAUUUGGGCAGGUAUUCAGAGGCUGAGACGGCAUUGCAACAAGCAUUGGAUGUAGAGCCUGAGAAUGUUGUUGCGUUGGCUAACGCGGUCGUCUUGUUUACCGCGCAGGGCGAUGUGGAGAGAGCUGCUGAGAUGAAGGGCAGACUGCAAAAGUCCAAGGGUGGUGAGGAGACGGAAUUGUUGCAGGGACUGGCUGCCAAAAAGGAGGCCUUCGAUGCUGCUUGUGAAAAGUACCAGCCCAAGUUCGAGCCCUAA